CAACACGCUUCUCUUCCUAUAGCUUAGUGCCUGUUCUUCCCUGCAGUGUGCCUCUAUUCUCAUGGUUCUCAAAGGACUUCCAAGCACCUACAACAAGGAUCUGCAGGAGGACAAGGAGGCUGUCUUUGAUGUGGUGGAUACCCUGACUGCUGUGCUCCAGGUUGCCACUGGAGUCAUCUCUACCCUCCAGAUCAACAAGGAGAAUAUGGAGAAAGCUUUGACCCCCGAAAUGCUGUCCACUGAUCUGGCUCUCUACUUGGUUCGUAAAGGAGUGAGAAUCAGUCUGGGUCAACAAACACGAGAGCUGGAAACCCAUUAUUUACAUGUAUCCCAAGUAGAGGAACUGCUGCCGGGUGGACUUGAUAGUAAUUUACAGGUGGAGUUCUGCCUCCUAAUGCCUCCCCUUUUCACACCCCAGAACACCUGUCAGAGUCAGACUGCGUUGCCCUAA